UAGAUAUAUAAAGGCUUUAUUAUUUCUCCAUAACGGCAUUUAAGUAUAAAGUGUUUAAGUAUAAAGCUAUUCUAAUAUCCGAUCUGUGUUUCUUCGUGAGAUAUUCAAAUAAAGACUUGAGUGACCAUGGAAUAUCAAAUGACGGGCUGGUUUCAUAAAUGUAGACAUAGUUCAAAGAGAACGCCAGACAUUGAUUGGCACGACUAUUUUAUGGCUAUUGCGUUUCUUUCUGCAAAACGGAGCAAAAAUCCCACUGUCCAAGUUGGUGCGUGUAUUGUUAACAAUGACAACAGAAUUGUUGGUAUCGGAUACAAUGGAAUGCCCAAUGGAUGCAAAGACUCACAGUUUCCUUGGAACGAUCUUCCCCGCACUGAUAUAAAUUCAAAAUAUCUUUAUGUGUGCCAUGCGGAAAUGAAUGCAGUUAUGAAUAAAUAUUCAAGCGAUAUUAAAGGCUGUACGAUAUAUGCUUCUUUAUUCCCGUGCAACGAGUGCGCGAAAAUAAUAAUACAAUCCGGCAUAAAGAACGUGAUAUACGUGUACGAUAAAUACCCUGAGAAAGUCGAGAUGAUAGCCGCGAAAAGAAUGUUUGAUGCUGCGGGUGUAAUAUAUAGGCAAUACAUCCCAAAAAAUAAAAAAAUUGAAAUUAAUUUUAUCGAAACUAAUUGGACCAAUUGAAUUAAUUAUCACAAUUCCACGACGAAAUCAGAAAAUUAAAAAGUAAAAAUAAAAUGAGAAUAAAAUUUUCAUAUUGGUCAUUAUUUGUAUCUUGUAUGAAUAAAUUUAAUUUGAUAAUAAA